ACCCCUCGGGAAUUUUCCCAGGAGAGGAGCCACGUUUUGCCAAGAAAUUAAUGGCCAUGAGCUCGUUUUUGAUCAACUCCAACUAUGUGGACCCCAAGUUCCCACCCUGUGAAGAGUAUUCCCACAGCGAUUACCUUCCCAAUCACUCGCCGGAAUAUUACAGCAGCCAGAGGCGAGAGAACACUUUCCAACAUGAAGCGAUGUACCAGCCACGAUCAGCCUGCAAGGAGCAGCUCUACUCGUCCUGUCAGAGCUCCGGCCACCAAGCAGCGGUGUUAUCCCCCCGGGGUCAUGUCCAUCCUCCGGCCGGACUGCAGAACCACAUCUCUGAACCAAAUCAGCCCUGCGAGCCGGUUACCCCCAGCCCACCACCACCCUCCUGCAGCCAAAACUCUCUGAACCAAAGCCCUUCCAAUUCCUCUUGCAAAGAGCCGGUAGUUUACCCCUGGAUGAAAAAAGUCCAUGUAAGCACGGUAAACCCCAAUUACUCAGGAGGGGAACCGAAACGCUCCCGCACAGCCUACACCAGGCAGCAAGUCCUGGAGCUGGAGAAGGAAUUUCACUAUAACCGUUAUCUCACCCGGAGACGCAGGGUCGAGAUCGCCCAUUCCCUCUGCCUCUCCGAACGCCAGAUCAAAAUCUGGUUCCAGAACCGGAGGAUGAAAUGGAAAAAAGACCACAAGUUACCAAAUACCAAGAUCAGGUCUAAUUCUUCCAGCUCCUCUACCAGCCUGCAGAUCCCACAAGGAGGAUCUCAAACCCGAUCCCAUGGACCAGCCACCAGCCUAUAACUAUUCCUGGGGUGGAUGAAGGGAUGGGAUAGAUGGAUGGAUGGAUGGAUGGAUGGAUGGA